CCCCCCCCCAAACCACCUAAAUACAGUAGAUUGCUCGUUAUCUUGUUCACACGCUCGCAGUCCUACAAGACGGUCGACCAAGAAGCGCAGCGUCAUUCUUUUUCUUGUUUUUGAAAAACUACACUUGGACGGGCGACAAGUACUGAUACUGCAAGCGGCAGCUGCUCCAAAGCCAACCUCGCCGCCAUGUCUUCCAAAGCGGCUGUGCCAUUUCUCGUGUCUAUGAUGCUGUUGACCGGCGUCUGCAACACUCUACUCACGAAGUAUCAGGACAACCAAUGUGUUCACCACUGCAACAGCAAAGAUCCCAAGAAGGCGGAGUUCUUUGACCAACCCGUUCUCCAGACUGCACAAAUGUUUGUCGGUGAAAUGGGAUGCUUUGCUGUUAUUGCCAUCAUGAACAUCUACAACUACAUCAACGGAAAACGAUCUCAAGAGCCUGGCUAUACCGCCGUUGACGCUGACGAGCACGACUCGCUUCUCGGGGAAGAUGACGCGCCUCCACCCAAGCAGUCGAUGCUUAAAGGCUAUCGAGUUGUUUUGCUUGCUUUGCCAGCCAUUUGUGAUAUCCUUGGAACUACGCUCAUGAACAUUGGCCUCCUGCUUGUGGCCCCGUCGAUUUACCAGAUGGUCCGUGGUGCUUUGGUGCUUUUUGUUGGACUGUUUUCCGUCGUCUUUCUCAAACGCCGGCUCCACCUGUUCCAGUGGCUCGCCCUCGGUGGCGUUGUAACCGGUGUUGCUAUUGUUGGUCUCGCAGGUGCGCUCUGGCCAGAUAAAAAGGCCCAGGUUGGAUCCAACACCGACGGCCUGUCGGACGCUAGCCGCGCAAUCACUGGUGUCGUUUUGAUUGCUGGUGCUCAAAUCUUCACCGCCACGCAAUUCGUUCUCGAGGAAUGGAUGCUUGAAAACUCCUCCAUUGACCCCAUCCGCGUUGUUGGUUGGGAAGGUGUCUUCGGAUUCACUGUCACAACCCUUACCAUGGUAAUUCUCCAUCUUGCAGUUGGCCAAACCUCUGCUGGUCAAUACGGACGGUUUGAUAUGGUCGAGGGUUUGAGGCAAAUGACUACGAACCGCACUAUUCUAACCACAAGUAUUCUCAUCAUGCUCAGCAUUGGUGGCUUCAACUUCUUUGGAUUAUCGGUAACUCGAAGCGUCAGCGCCACAUCUCGAUCUACAAUUGACACAUGCCGAACCCUGUUCAUCUGGAUUGUGUCCCUCGCACUAGGAUGGGAACGCUUUAAAUCUCUACAGGUAGUCGGCUUCGGUCUGCUCGUGUACGCUACAUUUGUAUUCAACGGUCUUAUCCGGCCUCCUUUUGAAUUCCUGCGUGUCCGAGAGGAAGAAGACAAUGAGGAGGAGUUGUAGGAGGUAGGAAUCCCAAGGAAUUUCGUUGUAGGAUGUGGUUGCGUGACCGUAUUGUUACAUAUGCUUGCAUUGGAUACAUUGAGGUGUUUGGAAAUAGGCUGUUUUUGUCUAAGUUUAAUACACAUAAACUUGUGUUCUAAAGAUGAUUUUGAAAUACAUGUGUACAGAAAUACGCCGCUAAUAUGACCAUAAUGAAUGAAAACACCAGAACGCCAUCUGUUUGCCGCAAAAUCAAAUUCCGUUGGGGAGCGCACAUGUCUGUACCCUUGACUUGGGUUAGACGCUUUCGCCCAUGCGGAGCGUAAGUAAAGCCGCUUGUUCAUCAUUAAGCAACGUUGCACAGAAGCUCAGCUUCCAAAAUGAACUUGCCCUCCUUGUACUUUUGCGAACUCUCAUAGGCUGUAUCAUAUUUCCAACCGACAACUACACUGCACUGGCGGCAUGUAAUAUCAAAAACGACAUGCCGUCCGGUAGUCAUAUUUCGCUCCAUACGCUCUCCAAUAUCGACGUUGACUACGUUGUGAAAGAGGUAUGCCUUGCCAUGCUGGCCACGGAAACUCUACUCCCAUGUUAGCAUCCGGCUCAGAUCGAUCCGAGACGAGCCGCGCUACAAAGAUUCCCAGGGGCAUAGCAGGAUUCAUAUUAAUGAUAGCCACCACUGGGUUUCAGAAAGUUUCGCUAUAGCGGCCGCUGCGGCAAAGAUUACAACUCACUCGGCUAAUGAUGUCGUCAUGGUUGGCGAGGUGGGUUUUGCAUCCUUUGCAGCCGUAUAUCUUGCUGCUAUUCAAAUAAGUGUUGUAUGACAGGCCCAUUAUUUCAGGGUAGCGGUAAGCAGGUGCCCGUAAACAAAGGUAGUGUAUCUGGGUGACGGUGAGCCGAUGCUGUUCUGUGCUUUUGGUGAUGAUUGGCAAUGGCGGGAUGUGAAGCUGGAGAGCCACCCAGGUUGCUUCGUG